AGGUUAAAGGAAACCAGGUCCAAAGAACUUCUAGGCAAGGCGAGAGCUGAGAGGCACAUCCCGAGACUUCUGGUCACCAUGAAGGCUCUCCCGGCUGCUGUUCUGUGCCUGUGCACCCUGGCAGCCUUCUCUGACUGUGUCACCGUCCAGGUGGGAAAGUUCUCAUUCCCCCUGGAGUCUGUGAAGAAGCUGAAAGACUUCAUGGACAAUCCUCUUCAGCUCAGUGUCAGAUCCGCCCCUCUGUGUGCCAACUCUGACAUUCCCAAGGAGUUCCUGGACCUCUGUGCCACACCAGACGCUGACCAGAUAUUUGAGGAGCUAAAACCCAUCGCGAGAUCCCCCGAGCUUUGUGAGAUUUGUGCUUUUGCUGCAUGUGCCGGCUGUUGA